CGGACGAGGGAUGUUAUUUUGGGCAGUGCAUCUGGACUUGGUUCAAGUGGCACCAGCCAAACCCCUGCCUUACUGACCUCUCCCCUGGAGGAGCAGGAUCAGCGCUCGAGGCCGCCCUGGGAGAGCUGAGAGGCAGGCUCUGGACUGGGGACACAGGGAUAGCUGAGCCCCAGCUGGGGGUGGAAGCUGAGCCAGGGACAGUCACGGAGGAACAAGAUCAAGAUGCGCUUUAACUGAGAAGCCCCCAAGGCGGAGGCUGAGAAUCAGAGACAUUUCAGCAGACCCUAGUGACCUCUCUUUGGCUCCUCAGCAUCUACAAAUCUGAAAGACAAAACAUGGUUCAAGCAUCCAGGCACAGGCGGUCCACCCGUGGCUCCAAAAUGGUCUCCUGGUCCGUGAUAGCAAAGAUCCAGGAAAUACUGCAGAGGAAGAUGGUGCGAGAGUUCCUGGCCGAGUUCAUGAGCACAUAUGUCAUGAUGGUAUUCGGCCUUGGUUCCGUGGCCCAUAUGGUUCUAAAUAAAAAAUAUGGGAGCUACCUUGGUGUCAACUUGGGUUUUGGCUUCGGAGUCACCAUGGGAGUGCACGUGGCAGGCCGCAUCUCUGGAGCCCACAUGAAUGCAGCUGUGACCUUUGCUAACUGUGCGCUGGGCCGCGUGCCCUGGAGGAAGUUUCCGGUCUAUGUGCUGGGGCAGUUCCUGGGCUCCUUCCUGGCGGCUGCCACCAUCUACAGUCUCUUCUACACGGCCAUUCUCCACUUUUCGGGUGGACAGCUGACGGUGACCGGUCCCGUCGCUACAGCUGGCAUUUUUGCCACCUACCUUCCUGAUCACAUGACAUUGUGGCGGGGCUUCCUGAAUGAGGCGUGGCUGACCGGGAUGCUCCAGCUGUGUCUCUUCGCCAUCACGGACCAGGAGAACAACCCAGCACUGCCAGGAACAGAGGCGCUGGUGAUAGGCAUCCUCGUGGUCAUCAUCGGGGUGUCCCUUGGCAUGAACACAGGAUAUGCCAUCAACCCGUCCCGGGACCUGCCCCCCCGCAUCUUCACCUUCAUUGCUGGUUGGGGCAAACAGGUCUUCAGCAAUGGGGAGAACUGGUGGUGGGUGCCAGUGGUGGCACCACUUCUGGGUGCCUAUCUAGGUGGCAUCAUCUACCUGGUCUUCAUUGGCUCCACCAUCCCACGGGAGCCCCUGAAAUUGGAGGACUCUGUGGCGUAUGAAGACCACGGGAUAACCGUAUUGCCCAAGAUGGGAUCUCAUGAACCCACGAUCUCUCCCCUCACCCCCGUCUCUGUGAGCCCUGCCAACAGAUCUUCAGUCCACCCUGCCCCACCCUUACAUGAAUCCAUGGCCCUAGAGCACUUCUAAGCAGAGAUUAUUUGUGAUCCCAUCCCUUCCCCAAUAAAGCAAGGCUUGUCCGACA